CCCCCCCUCCUCCUCCUCCUCUUCAAUUCAUUUCCCUUCUCCACCUCAUUGAAUCAUGUACCUCCUGACAUUCAUCUUACCUUUAUCAUCAUCAAUUCGGUUAUCCAUACAAAGUCUAAUAGCUGGUGUUCUGCAGCGACCUUGUCUGGCUGGUAUUCAGUCCCGGGUGGCUCGUGCUCCCGGUACGUGUAUCGCCGGGGCUACAGCCCUGAACCCCACGCCAAUGGCAACGCCCACGUCUGCACUCACACCGGCGCAUUUCCAUGGACUCCAAAGGCCCCAUCGACCGUUCGAAUCCACUCUUUCAUUCAUCUUUGAAAUUGAUAUGGUAUCCGAGUAGUUGUCUGUCAAGAGAUAGACAAGAGAUUGACAGCACAGUCCUCACAGUCCCGGCGCAGUGAUUAAGCACCCCCCAGACAGUGUAUACUGCGGAUCCCGAUGUUCGUGGACCAUACCAGGCGGUUUCAAUACGUUUUCGCCUUAAUUAUUUGGAUGAUCGACUAACGGGUCGAAUUGCUCCUGUUCCUUGCGCACGUCGGACCCUCUAUAGUGGCAAAAAAAAGGCCGCCAAAUCACCGGACUGGCAAAUAAUAUCGGAAGGCUGCUGAGCAGCCGGCCCCCUUUUACCGCAGUGUCUUCUCUUUCCUUUUGGGCACCCUUCUACUCCCACCAUUUUACCUCGGGCAGCCUCUGAAGGGGACUCUUCCGGCACUCCAUACCUGAUGCACUUGCCCUGUCGAUAUAAUGACCCUCCUUUUCUUUUUUUUACCUUCUCCGAGGGCCCUUCCACACCAGCGAUCAGAGAUCAAAACCAACUCUAAGCCCGAUGACCAACAAACAGGCCCCAGGUCUAUUUCUAUUAGUCUACUGACUUUGCUAACUAUUCUUUUCUCAUCCCCCCCCCUCUUCCCCUCUCUUUCUCCCGAUUUCUGCGCCACUCUCCCCUACCCCAUCUUACCCUUCCGUCUCCCGGCCGAUCUUCCUCUUUCCAUGGACGCAACUGUCCAUUUACCCACAUCUCGCCCUACUUGUACACUACUCCCUCCGCUCUAUACUAACAUCUGAAAAAAAAAAAAAAAACCUCCUACAAGACUCCCUCCCGGGUUUUGAUCUCAUUGUUAAAAAGGAGAUCUUCCCCUCUUCUCAUGUCACGCUCGCUGCGGCUUGCAUUACGGGAUUUCACUCCUUUACUUACUCAUCCUCUCCCUUACUUGGCUCACGAGUUAUUACACGGGCCUUGUUCCAUACGUACUCCUCGUCCGUCGUUGUUCUAUGUUCCUCUUAUCUUUCUGUUCUUCUAGGGGAAGCUACUUUCUCCUUGUGAACCAAGCCUGGUCCGCCAACACCUUUCGAGGUCCUUCCGUCGAGAUGCUCCAUGGUUGCAGCCUUAUCAAAUGGGCAUCUCCCGUCCUUACUGGGCUGCAUGGCAUGGAUCCCGAAUGAGCUUACGGCUGAACCUGCCAGUCGGGUCACAAUGAUAGGGCCAUCUUUCUGCUACAAACUCACUGCCAGAGGGCUAUGGCCGUUGCACUGACUAACACGAUACUGCCAUUUUUUUUCUAGAUGCUAACCACUAACCCCCUCCGACUGACCCCCAUGGGCCUGCUCCUGCUCAUGCUCCUGCACCAACUCAUGUCCGCCAGCAUUCCCGCGACUCGUGACUCUACCCACCGGAUUAGGUAUUCCCGGCGCUAGUCCGAGUUCAGCCUAGCGUAUCCCUCAGAACGGCAGUCGCUGGUCUCGCCCUGUUGGGCCCUUUGAUUACCGAUGACACCCAUUCCUGGUAUUGGCCAGAACCAUACAUCGAUACACCCGUCUGACUAACCUCGUCUCGCAAUGCCAGACGACAGAAUGCCAAUACGCCAGCUUUGGCCCGCUAAUCGUUUUCGGGUCGAGUCCCCCUCCCAUUUUCCCCCAGGCCACCCUCUUCCCUCGCAGUCCGGUUUUCUUCCUCGCUGAGGUCGCGACUCUCCGCCAAUCCGCGCUAUUCCCCUUUCGCUCCCUGCACUCGGGCUUUCUCUGCCUAAGGCCCUUCCGUAGCCUCCUCCUCCUACGACCACUUCUCGAAUCACCCUCUUUUCCCUCUCCUUUUCUGGCUGCGCGUCCUUUCUCUUUCCUCCGAUUCUUCUUCACCCCCUUCCUCAUUUCAUUUGUUCCAGGCUCAACUCUUCUCGAUCCUAACCGUCUCGACUCUUUCGCCUUCUUUCCUCCCUCCUCCUCCUACUCGCGAUCCCGUCGCCCUCUUUCUCACCCUCUCGACGGACCCUACUCCUCGACGAACAACCCGAAACCACUCCUCUUGCGCGAUCCACGUCUUCCUGGCCACCUUAUCUCAAAUCGCCUCGCUUCUUACUCCUGGCUGCUACUUUUCUCGUGUCGAUUCCUCUUUUCCUCAUCGCUCCACCCUUGAGCACACCGGACUGGCGCAUUCGGCCAAGGUUUUUUUUGCCUCCAGAAAGCCAUCCCUGGCCGUCCGAAGGUCAUCAUAAUCGACUAGAUUACCCUGCGAAGAAGAUCGACUGGGCUGUCGCAGCAUUGAUAAAGUGUUUUCUGGGUAUCCCACUCUCUGACGCUGUCACCCAACUGGCUUUCGCCCGCCACACAAGGCAAAACGCGUCUUACAUCGUCAAGAAGGGAUUCUCCAAGGCUGACGAGGACUUUCCCUUGAAGCGAUUGUGGACAUGCUCGUUGCACAGUGACGGGUCGCCCACCCCAUCAUUUCUCAACAUAUCUCAAUUUGUCGUGAUUUGAGGGGGGGUCAUCUGUCAGACUAUGACAGAUACCUCCUCCCUCGCCAUCACGUACGCCACCACGGAUCCGUAUCCGGUCCCCGUCCCUGCUUCUCUUGGAUCCCCCAUCGCCAACGGGGCAAUCUCAGACUCGGUCGCGCCCGACGAGGAAGAGCCGUACACCAUCAAAUGCAUCUGCGCCUUUGACGAUGAUGAUGGUAACACGGUUUUCUGCGAAGGGUGUGAGACGUGGCAGCACAUCAUCUGCUAUUACCCGGACAAGCGGGUGCCGGAUGUGCACAACUGCGUCGACUGCGAGCCUCGCCCGUUGGAUGCCCGGCGCGCUGCUGAGCGUCAGCGCCAACGGCGGAUCCGAGAGCAGAGUGACGACGGUGACCGGAAGAAGCGAUCGACCACAAAAUCCCAAAGGAAAAAGGUCCGCGAUGGUGACGUGAAUGGAUUUGGACAUCAGCGCAGCGAGUCCGGGUCUCGCGAUCAACCCCCGGCUAAGAAGACCAAAACUGGUCAUCGAUCCUCUGCAUCCAUCAGUGCCCUUGCCGGUACACCGACCCUUCCCGCCGAGAGCCGAAAACGCCGUUCCUCCACCUCUGUCGCCCCCAGUCUCACCAAACCUCCAGCUCCUUUCAUUCCCUUGUACUCUAAUGAAUUUCUCCGUCUCUAUGAUUGUGAUGAUAAACGGGUCGACAUGGAUAGCAACCUUUUCGACACGGUCAACCUCCUGAGUGAUACUGCAUCCUGGGUUAAGGACCCGGAGGCCCUAUCAAGAGUGACCAACGGCGGGGCUGAGAAUACUUUCAAUCGGUCCGAUGCCGCUCUCGACAAAUCUAGCUGGCCCGCUUUAACAACCGAUACCAUCACGGACCCAUCAGUUGACAUUGGCGGGAAGCAUCCUACCUGGAAAUUUGUCAAGACUCUGGAUGCCGUACAAAAAGACCACGUGGUUGGGGAAAUUACAGGCAAAGUCGGCAUUUUCGAUGAUUAUUGUCGGGAUCCUAAUAACCGCUGGCCCGAGCUCCGUCACCCCGAGCCCUUCGUUUUCUUCAGCUCUCAUCUUCCUCUCUACAUCGACAGCCGCCAUGAAGGCAGCAUUCUUCGUUACACCCGCCGGUCAUGCCGUCCCAACGUGACCAUGAAGAUCUUCAUCACGAAUGAUGUGGAGUAUCACUUUUGCUUUGUUGCAAAGGAGGACAUUCCUGCGAAUUCAGAAAUUACGAUCAUGUGGUAUCUGGAUUCACAAUUCUUCGAGUCGACAAACGGCCUGGUCAAGCAAGAGGACAGUGCCACGGAAGCUCCUGCUAUCUGUAUCAGCAAUACCCUUGCGAACUUUGGGGGUUGUGCGUGCGAUCAGCCUAAUUGCCUUCUUGCGAGCUUGGACCGUCGACGGAACCCGAAAUUGCUCGAGUCAUCCAAGCAGAGUAAUGGUAAACGCAAAAAGGUGAAAACAAAGUCUAUCGCUUCCCCCCACGAUACGGGCCGGGCGUCCACUAGUCGUGCCGGAAGCGAGACUACGAAACACCCGGAAGAGGAUGAUGGAGCUAUUGAGAGUCGAUCUACAUCUGGCUCGGCGCGUGGUCAACCUCGGAGUCGCGACCUCAGCCCCGCCAUGGCUGGACCAGCGGAACUCUCCACCCGCGAGAAGCGGAAGAUUGCAGACGCGGAGAAGCAAUUCCAACAGUUGGAACAACUGGAUCACAGGCCAACCACUCAGCGCAAAAAGAAGCGAGUGAGUGGACCACUGGCACAAACAUCUGCAGGGGUUUCAACUGCCACGCAAGCGGGAUCAUUUGGGGCUCACCGAAAUUCAACCAAAUCAAUACACCUUGAAACUCCCGGUCGCUCUCGCUCUCCAACCACCGCCAUGUCGCCAGGAUUACCUGCUACAGGCCGUCACGGAUCCCCUCGCAAGAGCUCGGGGUCCAAUACGCCCUAUGCUUAUUCUCCUUUGGGCCGUCCCACCUACGUCAAUAUUGGUAUCCAAUGUGAUAUGGAUGAAGUAGAGUAUCAAGCUGCCCGCGACGCGUCUCCUCAUCCUCGUACUACUUUUGUCCCAAGAACGGUCCGGAUCCUCCAACGUUUCAAAGCAGAUCGCCUUCGAGCUCAGGAACUUGCACGACAGCAGUUAUCCUCGGCUGGCUCGGAUUCCGUUAUCUCUGCUAGGUCCUCCUCCCCAGCUCUCACCCAGUCUCCAAUCACCAAGCAGGAAAAGUCCGAUGUCAUCAUGUCAGAUGCGGCUCCUUCCGAGCCGCUUCAUCAGGGAGAAUUUGAGAUGCAGGACGCGUCGCAUGACGCGUCGCAUGCCCUUUCUUCCGACUUGGUUCAGAUUGAUGCAAGCAAGCCCGUGAUUCCACCGCCGUGGCCAUCAACCGCUGCACACAACACGCGACUUCCUGGAAUUACCACUCCAGAACGCGCCAAUUUACGCGUUUCCAUGCCACCGCCUAGCAUCCCCAAUGUCUCUGUUAGCCCCAGCUCCAUGUCUGCUGUGAGCCUCGCCUCUCCUAACACCCUCGACACAUCGCCGCACGCUACUCUUCCUACACCUGGUGCAGUUGCACCGACUCCCACCCCAGCCAAGAAGAAACUCAGUCUUGGCGAUUACCUGAUCCGACGAGGUACGAUGGCAACGCCAACUUCCGAGAAGAUCCAGUCUCCAACUCGAGCCAAUGCCAUACCUUCUACGCAGAAAUCACCUUCGACUCCAGGUGCGGGGCCUGUAGCCAGUGCGGAUGGGGUCGAGACUCCAACUAAACCAUCUCCAGAUGGCAAGUCAGAGUCUCUUGGAUCCCCCGACGUAUCGAUGAAAGACGCACCAGAGUCAACCCAGCCACGCAUUCCUUCCAUUUCUUCGUGAUCUGUCUUCAAUACCCCGUUUUUUCUCUUCCUGUUUGCUAUGUGAUAGUAAUAUUUGUGGCUUGGGUUGACUGAUGGUUGACGGUUGACGAAACCUACCCUUCGCAAGGGAUUCACGUUUCUAACGACUCAAAAAUGUUCUUUCGUGUGACUUGCUUCGCAACCCUUCGUAGGUGGUGAAUCAAUGGCGUUCUGUUCGGUUUUGGCUGUGUGACGUCUUUUGACUUCUGUUUGUUUUGUUGUUAUCUGCUUGAAAGGCGUACAUGGUGUGACCAGUCACGGUCGCUUUACGGAAAUACCAGGGUUCAGUUCGGUCGGGUUCGGUUUGGGAUGGUUCGUGUCUUUCGACAAUCAUGUUUUGUUCCUGUUCUUUUUUUCUCUUCCGUCCGCGGAUGCUUGUGCUUUCUCGGCACCCUGCAUGUGUGCAGAAAGCACAACAGUGGCGCCUGAGAAAUCUAUCACCCAUCAUCUCAUUGUCUAUGGAAUGAUCUACCGGACCUUUUUCUCCUCUCCUUCCAGGGUCGAUAUCCAACGCCAGCUACAAGACUGGCUUGCUUGUAUGAACAAUGUUAUUUUUACCUCUGCG